AACUCGCGGGGCAGGCAGCAGCUCCAUGUCCGCCUGCGGCUCCCGCUCGGCGACGCUCGUCUGCCAGAGGAGCUGCGUUGCGACGCCCGCAGAAAGAAUCGUUUGAUUAUGAUUUGGCUGCAGAUAUUUCUCGACGCAUUUCGGGUUUACGAGCUUUUUCUAUUGACCCUCGCGGCGAGCUCUGCAUCGCCUCCACGGUGCGCUUUUAUGCGCAGCGCAGCUGCCCAGUCAAAGACGACGGGUGAGGUGAGGUGAGUUCCGUGGGGCAGCACGCAAUUCGCCCGCCCGUUCGUUCGUUUUCCGGUUCCUUGUGCUCGCUCUCUCGCUCUCUCGUCUGUGCUUUCGGGCGCGUGCGCAUGCGGCCAGCCGCGGCUGCCGUUGCCCAUUUUCCUUUUGGCAGCUCCACUUCUGCUUCUCCUUCUGCAUCUUGUUCAUAUUCGCCUCCCUCUCUUCUUCUUCUUCUUCGACUUCCGGGCCGAGGCUUGUCGUGGUGUGUAGGAGGCUGAUUGAGAUUUUACCGGUAGUAGGUGGCGGGAAUAGAUUUACGAGCGGCCUAGUGCAGCGAUUUGAAACAGGAGGAAUAUACAGAGCAGAGAAGGCGUGGAGAUUCGUGGGAUUUGUGCGAAGACAGGCAGGAACGAACUCAGGCGCGAGGAAAGAUCCCCGACUAUAUGUACGCUGGAUAUCUGAAGAAUGCUACUUGCGGUUGUUCCAUGUAGCUGGAACUGUUAGUGAAACCAGUUUGCAAACCAACGAUCUAAUCGGGAAGAGAUGAUGGGACAACCAGGCGCUCAGCCCCCGUCUCGGUCCAAGAGCGGGUCGAAGUUGGAACCGAAACCGAAGCACCGACUCACAGGGUCGGUGUCCAGCUUAUCUUAUACUCCUGAGGAGCUGUCCUCUGUAGAUGCUCCGGGUAAUGGAAAUCCUACUUCUGGGGGUUCUUCGGCUUUACCAAGGGACAACCGAUACAGAAGGAGAACCCGUUCUUCCCUCGGAGGAACAGAAGAUCUCAUAAAGGAGCUUGAUUUUCUCAACCCCAGCAGUAAGAAAUCGGAUUCACGUGAAUCGACCCCGACUCCACCCACGACUCCGCCUGCAGGCUUUAGGCCGGAAACUUCACCUGCUCCAGGAACCGACUACCCUGCUUUAAAAGCUGAACCAAGUAACCCUGCCGAAGAUUCGUCGCGGAGUCGUUCGAUGGAAGCCGUUAGCGACAACGAAUCGGCGAGCUCUGAAUCUAAAGGUGUUUUGCCCGAAGGUUCGAAAGAGCUCACAUCUCAGGGAUCCGCAGCGAAAGCUGUUGCUUCUGCUCGCCCUGCUGUUAGCUACCCAGAUGUGGUGGCGCUUGAGACCCAAGGAGGAAGUGCUGUACAAUUGAAAGCAGGUGCAUAUUCCACCAAUGAGGAAGAAGACCUGUGGAUUUGCCGACAAUGUGGAUGGACAUAUCCAAAUGCUCACCCAAGUGCCAAGCAUAGGAGAAACCAUAAGAAGGUUUGUGGAAAGGUCUAUCCUGGUGUUGAAGUCCCUCCUGGUUCUUCGGAUGAGGCUUCUUCCGACGAUGAAAAAAGCGUAGUCGAACAAGGAGCCGAAGCUCCGAAGACGACUUCCUCUGCCACUACCAUCUCAGCACCUGGUAAGGGAGAUGCCAAAGAUGAACCUGUUCAGAAAAAAGGAGUUGCACCUAAAGUCUUCACUAAACCCACUAUCUCAACGGGUUCCGAGUCUAGCUCGAAGAACUCUCCUGUGACUUCUCCUGGUAAACGUGAUUCUCCAUUCAGUUCACCGGCUAAACGUGAAUCUUUACUAAGUUCCCCGGCUAAGAAAGAAACUCCAUGGGGUUCUCCAAUCAAGAGGAGUACCCCCGUGAAUUCACCUUCGAAGAAAGUAUCAUCCCCUAUCACGUCUCCAGUUAAAAGGAUUAAUUCUACUCCUGUGAAGAAGUACUCUCCACCUCGUCCUGAAAAGCCAGAAGGAGUUACCAGAGUGUUGACCGCCAAGCAGCAGCAGGAAGAAGAGGAAAGAAAAAUCAGCGUCAAGAAAAGGAUUGAGGAUCUGGAGCGAAUUGCAGGUGGGAAGCCCCACACUUGGAAGGACUAUCUUGCUGAAGGGAAGAAGAGCGGGGAGUUAUCUUCUAGUGGAUCUCCACUAAGACAUGUUGAAGAAGGUGGGUCAAAGAGUGGUGAGUUGUCUCCAAGUGGGAAGCCCCUGAAACAUGUGGAGGCUGGAGGAAGGAAGAGCGCCGAUUUUUCUCACACCGGUACAAGUGGGAAGCCAUUAAGAAACAUCCAGAGUGCAAGGAAAAGUGGAGAACUGCCUCCGACUGGAGGAUCACCACCGAUGCACAGCGAUGAUGGUAAAACGAUCAAGACACCUGAACUUGGAGAGGUGUCUGAAGACCUUUCUGCUUCUUCAGAGUAUCGGAAGUCAGCAGUCGGCGAGCCAUCCAGCAUAUCUUCUGCAGAGUCGGCAAACGUAAACCGUCGGGAAGUCGCUACUCAGGGGAGUGUAGGUAAUGAAACAAAAAAGAGGUUGGUUUUCGCACAGGAGAUGCUUGGAAGCGCAGGGCACCUCGCUAAGGUCGACGUGGCGAACGAAGACAUAACAGGGAAGGACUCUGUUGCGAUAGCUCCCUUAGAGAAGGUACAGGUUACGGAUGCUGUCACGGUCUCUUCCGCUGAAAAGCUGCAGACGACGGAUUCCGUGGCAAUUCCCACUCAAGAGAAGGCGCUGGUUGCGGAUGCUGUCACGGUCUCUACCGUUGAAAAGCUGCAGACGACGGAUGCCGUGGCAAUUCCCACUCAAGAGAAGGCGCUGGCUGCGGAUGAAUUAAAAAUUACUGGAGAUAGUAAAGUUGGGGGAGAGUCGAAGGAUGUGUUCAAAGACGGUACAGUAUCGGCCGGUAUUUUUGGUUCACAAGGUCAAGGACCUCUUGAGAUUCCCCUUGAAAGAGGUCUAUCUGAAGAUAAUUCGUCUAAACAGGAAGCAGAUGCCCCUUCUCAUAGCCGAAGUCCCUCAUUUGUGCUGGAUAAAGGAGAUUCAUCUCCUCAAACAGAUACAAUUGUUCUUCAGGAUCACGAUGUACUGAAGCCAUCUUUGGUUACGGACAGUGUUUCUCGCGACCUUUCAGAUGCUGGAACUGUUCUUAAGGAAGUAGUUAUACCAGAUAAAUCUCCUGCAGCAGAAGGCGUAUCUACGAUAAUCAGCGAUAAACAAGCUGAUACCACUCCAACUGAACCUGGCAGUGUUAAGGAGGAGAUAAAAUCAGACUCCGGAGCAUAUGCUGUACAAUCUGUGAAAGGGGAAGUUGUUCCGUCGAAAGAGCACCCUACUCCUGUUCUUGCCGUCGAUACUUCUCUGGCGAAAGAACAACCUUCUCCUGUUGUCACUGUCGACAACCCGCUGGCCAAAGAGCAGUCUUCUUCUGCAGUGGUAGCUCCCGUCGCAGUCACAGAGCCUGUGCAGGAGCUUCUGUCCAAAACAGGGGUAGACUCUUCGGACACUCUUUCAUCUGCUUCUAAAGCUGGAGAAAAAGCAGAAGUUUCCGCACUUGUACUAGAAAAUGCUUCGCCUUCUGGAGACGAAAAAUCUGAAGCUGUUAGUGUGAAGUCUGUCGGUGAAGAACUUACUGCACCGAAAGGUUCUAGUGAAAGCAGCACCGUGAAAAGCCCAGAGAGUGAUAAUGCAGUCGGAAACUCCCCCCCCUGCCCAAGGCCAGUAGACCAAGAGGAUGACACCUCGGUGCUCCUUACUAAGCAGCCCGCUGUUGACCCUCUGUUUGUAGACUCCCAACAGGAUCGAUUGUGGGAGAUGCAUUCCCAAGAGUUGACUCGGAGAGAAGGCGAGACUUCCGGUACAGAUGUGAGGGAAAGCUCGGCUCAAGACGACGAUCCUAUCCAGUAUGUGAAUGGGUCGCCCAUGGCGGCCGAAGCGUCAGCUUCCGGGACAACGAGCAAUGGUAACGGCCACAGUGAGAAGGGCAGCAAGGUGGAUAGACCUCGAACACCUCUGCGCAGCCUUAUAGCGGAAGAUGAUGCUGCGGACAAAGGAGGAGACGAUGGUGCUCCCACCGGGAAGGAAACUCCCAUGGUGUCACCAAGAGGUAACUUGUUCAGAAGAAUUGUAUCGGGCGGGAAGGCUUCGCCAACCAAACCGUCCACUCCGUCCAUGUUUGAGAAAAAGAGUCAUUCCAAACCCUUUUUGAGCAGCUGCAUAUGCUGCUCGCCUGUGAAAUAGAAAUGGGUAUGAAGAUGUUCAGCGUUAGACUGUCAAAACCUGUGUUGUUAAAUAUCAUCGGUGAUCCAGAAGAGAGAUGAGGGCCUACUGCCAAGUUUCUGUACAGUGGAGGUUAGCAGAGAGACAGUGCUCGGGGAGCAGAACAGCGUGGUUUCACCGAUUUAGUGUAGCCCUUUUAGAAAUCGUUUGUCCCAAAACCAGACCAUACAAGCAUUAGACCCUGCCCCAGAGCAUUUGGCCGGCACGUGCCAGGGAUGUUGCGAAUCAGAAAAAUUUCGAGCGGGAGGUUACGAGUGUUAUCUUUUUUGAUAUACAGGGUUGGGAAGAAGUUUCUAGUUUUCAGGUAGCACUUCACACAAAUUACCAAAUCGUUAGGACGUUGGUGAAGGCGUUGGCGAUAUCUGCUUUUCCAUAUACCUUCAUUGGUGGAUAUAUGAUCCACUCAUAUGUAUUUCACCCUUCAUUAAGAUUACCUACCGGCAUGAGACCACUUAUGGUGGGUCUUGCAUGUUUAGCAUACUGGGUUCGGGUCUCCACGGUUAGGAAUGUGAACUAAUUGAGACUUUUGAAAAUCAAAAUAUGUUUUUAGCCUGGAAGUUGAGGAUGUCGGAAGUUGGCGAUUAGAGCAUCUGGAAUGCGAGUAGUGUUAGUUUGAGGGUCCUUUAUGGGCCAGAAUGGGUGCGGCACUGCAGUUCACGCGGGGUGGGCAGUGAACUGAAGCUCUUCCCGCCAUAAAAAUCCCUACGAGACUUCGUAGGAGUAGAGCGUAGUGAGUCUGGCCUAGUGGUUCCGGUAUCAUUAUGCAGCGAGUGCACAGCAGGAUGGAUGUUGUAAAGUUUCACGUUGCCCUUGUGACCACUGUGUAGAUCUUCUUGUACAGCCUAAUUGGGUGUUAAAAGUACACUUCUCCGCCAACCCUAAAUUUGGCAGAGGGUUUUGUGUAUUCGUCUUUUCCCCUUUGUGUCACUAAGUGAAGUUUUUCUGAACAACAGUCGCCGGUACUCUUCGGUUUCCCUAUAUUCAAUUCACCUUGCAAUGAAGCUAAUAUCUCGGUGCAGUAAUGUUACCAGGCACAGUCAAGUACGUAUGUAUAAAUAACAUAUUUCUCAUUUUCUGAGGAGCAACUCAAUGCUCACAAUCCUUCAGAGUGCAACCCUUGAUGGAAUCAGUUUCUGGCAAAUCGAAUCCAUGUGUAAUCAGUUCACAAUCUUCAAUGCUUCGCACCAUCUUCGAGG